AUGGGGUGGAUCUCGGAAACCCCCGGCUCUGGCGGACGCGCUGCAUCCCCCACUGUCUUUGAGCAACAACGUGAGGAAUUGGUUCGAGAAAUUGCGGUGGGCAUGGAGCAGGUACUCCAGAAUAUGAACCGCCUGAACCGAAACCUGGAGAGCAUCAUUACCGUUGGCAAUGAAUUUGGGUCUGUUGAGGCUCUUUGGUCGCAGUUUGAGAACUUCAUGGGCCGGCCCGAAGAGGAGCUCGAGGAGGCUGGUCAAGGGAAGCGAAAGGUCAGCGGCGAGAGUGGAGAACAUGGAAACUCAGGCGGGCAGCGUCAGCACCAGCCUGAGGAGGGAGAAGGGGAGUCGACUGUCAGCCAGUGA